CGGAUAUUGAUUAGAAUAGUCGUAGAAUUUUGUCAAUGCCUUGUACUUUAAUGUUUUUAAUUAAAUACAUUAGUAAUUACUAAAAUAACUUAAUUGUGACGUGUUGCUAGUUGCUACUAGUGGUUUCUCAAUUUAAUUUUUGAUACAGUACUCCGAGAUGGAUGUAAAAACAAAAGUUAAGAUUGGCAUCAUCGGCGGGUCCGGAUUCGAUGACCCCGGCCUAUUCGCAGAGCAAUCGGAGAAGGUUGUUAGCACCCCUUUCGGAGACCCUUCAGACGUGAUCCUGGAAGGACGCUUGCACGGCGUGCCCUGCGCUCUGCUCGCUAGACACGGCAGAAAACACCAAUUGCAACCAAGUGACGUGAACUACCGCGCUAACAUCUGGGCAUUGAAGGAGAUCGGCUGCACUCAUAUCCUGGCUACCACAGCCACCGGCUCACUGGUAGAGGAAUACAAGCCUGGAGACCUCGUCAUUCUCGACGACUUUAUUGAUAGGACAUGGGGUCGCAAAUGCACAUUCUACGACGCUACUCCUAGCGGUCCGCACGGCGUCUGUCACUUGGGUAUGUCGCCGGCGUUUUGCGCGCGCGCCCGUGCCGCUUUACUGCAAGCUGCGCGAUCAAGGGGUUAUACCACACACAAGACGGGCACUGCUGUCGUCAUACAGGGGCCCAGAUUUUCGAGUCGCGCCGAGAGUCUGAUGCAUCGCCAGUGGGGCGGCCACUUAGUCAACAUGACCACUGUGCCUGAGGUCGUAUUGGCUAAAGAAGCGGGCCUGAGUUACGCAGCCGUCGCUCUCGUCACAGACUACGACUGCUGGAGGGAGAACGAAACUUCUGUAUCUGUGAGCGAAGUUCUGGAAAUGUUCAAGAAGAACGUGAAGAAAGCUGCGGACGUGAUCAUAGACGCGGUGCAACUGUUGGCCGCGGACGACGACCUCUCAUACUUGGAUCAAUACAAGGAACAAGUCGCUUCAGCUAUAAUGUUGAAAGAAUGAUACCAAGUGAAGAUCUGUCUAAUAUCAGUCCAUUCCGGGUCACACACAAAGUAAUGUUAAGAAAUUGUUAUUAUUAAUCAAUAAGUUAAUAAAAUAAUAAUUAACGCUUUUAUCUACACCUGCAC